AUGGCGGCGGCGGCGGCGGCGGCGCUGGCGCGGCUCGCAGCGGCCUUCCUUCUCCUCGCGGCCCAGGUGGCCUGUGAGUAUGGCAUGGUCCAUGUGGUAUCUGAGACCGGUGGCCCCAAAGGCAAAGACUACUGCAUCCUCUACAACCCACAGUGGGCCCACCUGCCACAUGACCUCAGCAAAGCGUCUCUCCUGCAGGUGCGGAACUGGACCAGCUCCGUGCUCUGCUCUCCUGCCGACCUCCCCCCCAAAGGCUUCAGCAACCAGAUUCCGCUGGUGGCACGGGGGAACUGCACCUUCUACGAGAAAGUGCGGCUAGCCCAGGGCAGCGGGGCCCGCGGGCUGCUCAUUGUCAGCAAGGAGACACUGGUACCCCCCGGAGGCAACAAGACACAGUAUGAGGAGAUUGGCAUUCCCGUGGCCCUGCUUAGCUACCGAGACAUGCUGGACAUUUUCCAGACUUUCGGCCAGGCAGUGCGGGCGGCGCUACAUGCCCCCAAGGAGCCCAUGCUGGACUACAACAUGGUCAUCAUCUUCCUCAUGGCCGUGGGCACCGUCGCGCUCGGGGGCUAUUGGGCUGGGAGCCGGGAUGUCAGGAAGAGAUACAUGAAGCACAAGCGGGAUGACGGGCCUGAGAAGCAGGAGGACGAGGCUGUGGACGUGACGCCGGUCAUGAUCUGCGUUUUCGUAGUCAUGUGCUGCUCCAUGCUGGUGCUGCUCUACUUCUUCUAUGACCAGCUUGUGUAUGUCAUCAUUGGCAUCUUCUGCCUGGCCUCCUCCACCGGCCUCUACAGCUGCUUGUCACCGCUCAUGCAGAGGCUGCCGUUCUGCAAGUGCAGGGUCCCCGACAACAGCCUGCCCUAUUUCCACAAGCGCCCUCAGGUCUGCACACUGCUCCUGGCGCUGCUGUGUGCGGCCGUCAGCGUGGUGUGGGGCAUCUUCCGGAAUGAGGACCAGUGGGCUUGGAUCCUCCAGGAUGCGUUGGGCAUCGCCUUCUGCCUCUACACCUUGAAGACCAUACGCCUCCCCACAUUCAAGGCCUGCACACUGCUGCUGCUGGUGCUGUUCAUCUACGACGUCUUCUUCGUGUUCAUCACGCCCUUCCUGACCAAGAGCGGGAACAGCAUUAUGGUGGAGGUGGCGACCGGGCCUUCAGACUCAGCCACCCAUGAGAAGCUGCCCAUGGUGCUGAAGGUUCCCAGACUGAACGCCUCACCACUGGCCCUGUGUGACCGCCCCUUCUCCCUCCUGGGCUUCGGGGACAUCCUGGUCCCAGGGCUGCUCGUGGCCUACUGCCACCGCUUCGACAUCCAGGUGCAGUCCUCCAGGGUCUACUUCGUGGCCUGCACCAUCGCCUACGGCAUCGGGCUCCUGGUGACGUUUAUGGCGCUGGCCCUCAUGCAGCGUGGCCAGCCCGCCCUCCUCUACCUCGUGCCCUGCACGCUCGUCACCAGCUGCGCCCUGGCGCUCUGGCGCAGGGAGCUGGGCGUAUUCUGGACGGGCGGCGGGUUUGCGAAGGACCUACCUCAGUCGCCCUGGGCGCCCGCCCCGGCCGACGGCUCACAGCAGCCCCGUGCCGACCCCGACGCCGCCCCCGCCCCAGGCCGACAAACUCCUGGCGAAGACGCGGUCCCAACCCCUCCGCCGGCGGAGCAGACCCCAGAAACGUCUGCGCCCGAGAAGGAGCUCGAGGCAGACGCGCCUCCCCAGGAGCCCGAACGCGUCGCGGCCCCACCCGGCCCCUCGGCCUAG